AGAAGCUCUUUGCAUUCACUCGCAAAAAUCUACCCUUUCCGCUCGGCUUCCCCCAGAAAGGACACAGCUUUUUGCUGCUUCUUCGACGUUCUUGUUCCGCUCUCGUUGCUCUCUCUCUCUCUCUCUCCCUCUGCAUGACACCAAAGAGAAACCCCUUCGAUCCUUUGAGCCCGUGUCCUCCUCUCAAAGAUUGAAAUUCUGCUCUUUUCUUGAAGGGCGUUUGCCCUCUUGCGCUUUCUUGGCGCCUUGUGUUGUCGAUUGGUUUCUUUUUUUUCCACCGGGAAAGAGAAGAAUGAGGUGGGAGAGGGUCCCGUUGCCGCAAGCCUACCAGCAGCCGGAGCCGGGCAGGGAGGAGGCGGGUGGACCCGGGAAGAGGUGGGGCCACACUUGCAACGCCAUCAAGGGCGGGAGGUUUCUGUACGUGUUCGGGGGCUACGGCAAGGACAACUGCCAGACCAACCAAGUUCACGUCUUCGACGCUGUGAAGCAAACAUGGAGCCAACCCACGAUAAAAGGCACACCACCUGCUCCAAGGGACAGCCAUAGCUGUACAAAUGUUGGUGACAAUUUGUUUGUGUUUGGUGGGACGGAUGGGAUGAACCCUCUCAGGGAUUUGCAUAUACUAGACACUUCUUCUCAUACUUGGAUAUCACCAAGUAUAAGAGGGGAGGGACCGGAGGCAAGGGAGGGUCAUAGUGCAGCACUUGUGGGUAAAAGGCUGUUUAUAUUUGGUGGGUGUGGAAAAUCUCCUGAUGAUGAUGAAGAAGUAUAUUAUAAUGAUCUCUUCAUAUUGAACACAGAGACAUUUGUAUGGAAAAGGGCUAUGACGACCGGUACCCCACCUUCAGCACGUGAUAGCCAUAGCUGCUCAACUUGGAAGAACAAAAUGAUCGUGAUUGGUGGUGAAGAUGGACGUGAUUACUAUUUGUCUGAUGCCCAUAUUCUUGAUGCAGAUACCCUGAUGUGGAAGGAACUGAAUACCACCGGCCACAUGCUACCCCCCCGUGCUGGACAUUCCACUGUUGCUUUUGGGAAGAUUCUGUUUGUUUAUGGGGGAUUCACUGAGGCCCAAAAGCUAUAUGAUGAUUUGUAUAUGCUCGACAUUGAAUCUGCGAUAUGGUCCAAGGUGACUACUGCUGGUGCUGGACCUUCUGCCAGAUUUUCUAUGGCUGGGGACUGUCUUGAUCCAGUAAGGAGUGGCAUUCUUGUCUUUGUGGGGGGUUGCAAUAGAAGUCUUGAGGCUCUUGAUGAUAUGUAUUACUUGCAUACAGGACUCACUAGGGAACAGGAGCCAAGGCCUGAGAAGCUAUCCUUGAGAAAGAAAUUGAAGCUGAAGUGCCAAGAACAAAAUUUGUCUCUAGGAAAUGAUAAAGCUUUGGUGCAAGUUGGGGUGACCACAAGCGCAUUUCAACCUGUGCCACUAUCAGGCUAUGGUCAGCCAGGUGCUCAUAGUUAUCACUCCUACCAAUCAGGGAAUGUCCAAGGUAAAAAAAUAUUUCAAGCAAGGGUGACCGAGAAUUUGGGUGAUCGAUACACCAUUGAAACUGUCAUAGAUGGAAAACCUCUGCGUGGAAUUUUAUUUUCCAAUAAGCCUAGCACUCUCCCUACACCUUUUUCAAGCUCCAGCAACAGGAAAAGAACUUAUGGGGAUUCAAGUAUGGGUAUGCCAAAUGGUGAUUAUAAUAGUGAGUCAAAGGCUUCUAAAAGUAUCCAGCCGGAGAAAGUCGAUGAUGCGCAAGGUGAUGAUGUGCAUGGAAAAGAAGCUUCUUCUCAGGAGCCUCAUUCAGAACCUGCUGAUCCAAUUCCUGUUUCGAAUGUAACACAGCCUUCCGAUGGCUCUGACCUGGACAAGGUACCUGCAAACCAAGAAUCAUCACUGCAGGCUCCUAUCAAAGACGAUCAAAAGGAUGAAACUCCAAAUUUGAAUGUGGAAGUUCCAAAAGAGAGUGCAUCUCCAUCAACCAAGGACUCUGGCAUAAUCUCACAAAUUAAAGAUGAGAGGACAUCAAGCCAAGAUGAAAAGGGUGAUUUGGCAAAAUCAUUUUGAAAGAGCUUCUUGCAUAAUUCCUUUGGAUCGGUUGGCCCGCUUCACAUAUCCCCCACGCAAGCCAAUUGUGACUGUACAUUCAUCAAGUUGUCCCAGAUGCAUUUGACAGCUGACAGAGUCUUCAAGCUAACUGUAGAGAUCUAAUCUACCUCUUGAUCCUCGCUCGAUUAGUUGUUGUCAAAUUUCUCUUCAUUAUUUUGUUCUUAGUCUUAGCAAGCAUGUAGGGCUUUUUUUGUCGAAAGUGACAGUUCUGGGAAGAAACCGCACCAUAGCUGAGGAAUCAAAGCCUGCUGUGCUAGUCUAAGUGUGAUUCAUCCUGAAUCUCGUUAUGCAGCAACUUGAAUUUGACAUGUAUGACCCAUCCUGAGACGAGACAUCAAAAUACUUCUUGUUUAUGAGAAAGCAUUUCAUCGGCCAGAGGGAUCAUGUGGUAGCAAUGGCGUGGCAUAACUAA